AUGCCGUCUCGAUACAUCCCGGAAACCCUUACGACCCUCAUCGAAGCAGACGAUGAGGAUUCCGAAGCCUCGGCGGAAUUCAAAGUCGUGCUCCGGACAUGCGUCGAAGGCUCCUCGCUCCUUGACACCCGUCAUGAAUGCGCUAUGCUCGAAACUGUCAACUGGAGCGCAAACAGGCUCGAAGAAGCCGUAAGGAACGGACUCGACCCAAAUGAAGUCGAACGACAGCAGAUCGAGGCGGCCGAGUUCCAAACAGUCCUUUGGAAGGGAAGAAACGAGCAGCAGAAGUUUCAGAAUGCAGGCGAGCGUGUGCGUGACAAAGAGAGGGACAUACCGCCGCCGCCGCCAGCCGCAUCGACCGAGCCCUUCACCUCCAAGGCAAACGGUUUAACUCAGGUCCAACAGGAGAAGCGACGAGAGGGAACCUCGCAAGCUGAUACCGCGCAAGCCGCUUUCACGCAAGCUAAUUCCACGCAAGCUACCUCCCCGCAAGUGGCCUCCUCACAAUCGACCUCUUCGCGGACCACUACGACCAAGCCAUUUACAUUCGCGGCGCACAGUUCGACCCAAACACUACAAGAGAAGCAAUCAACGGAAUCCUCUCGAGCUGCUUCCUCGCAAUCUGCUGCGACUAUGCCAUCCAGGGUCGCUGGAAGCGGUUCAUCGCAAAGCGAAGUCGAACGACUCCAGGGACUGACGAUCGAGUUGCAAGCAGAGCUCUUGAGAGAGAAGACAGUGACGACCGACCUGCAAGCAGAGUUGUUGAAAGAGAGGAAAGAGAACGAAAGCCUGCGGAAGGAAUGCGAGCGUUUGCGCGAGAAAGAGAAGGGAUCGCAACCACCACCCCUGGGACGCAUUCGCUCCAACCGCAGCACCGGGCUCCCAAUGACGACACCUUCCUCGACAUCUUCUGCGCCUGACCCACUCAGGCCCACUGGAAAUGUGUUGUCGCAAGAAGCCGCACCGAAGCCGUCCAAGAGACCGGCGAGAGGCCCAGUGACACCCGCACCCAAAAAGAAGCAGGCGAAGGCCGCCGCGAAUCGAGAUGCCACCGACGAGGUCCUGGCAAUGAUCAGGGUCAAGCCAGCAGGUUCGGCGCCGGGUGUCGCCCUCGAAGAGUUCUCCGAAAUUCUUUCUCAGAGCAUACGCGAGUCCAUUCGGCCGUUUGCAAUGAAACCGUAUAUCGUGAACGGCAAAUGGAUUGAGGGCUGUUUUGUCGCGAAGUCAUACCAAGUGUCGCCGAUCUUUGACCGUGACACUAAGAACAAGAAGAAUGGAAUCAAUGCGUGCGCGGACUGCAUGUCGAGACGACUGCCCUGCAUCUUCAUGGAUCCGAGCGGGGACAAGCCCGAAGCAUUGUUGUUGCCGCUGCCAGAAGAAGAGAGGCCAGAAGGCGCCACGCCAGACGAAGUCAGAUAUUAUUGCAAGGAGUGA